GCCAGCCAUUGAUUCUAGAGAUAAGGAGUUCGUGAGGGGAGGAAGAAGGAAUAGAAGAGAGAGAGGAGAGGAAAGAAGCGGAGGAGAGGAUUAAUUGAAAUCCGACGGCCAUGGAGGACGAUUGCCGAGAGGAAAACUCGGCCCGGCCAUGUGUACGAAACCCUAGCCACUUCAAAAUCAACGGUGAUUUAGACCUAAUCAGCUCUCUACCAAACGAGAUCCUCCACCACAUCCUCUUGUUUGCUCCGACAAAUUUAGCUAUCACGACUAGCGUCUUGUCCAAAAGAUGGAGGCGUGUAUGGUGCGAUAUACCAUCUCUCUCUUUUCAAUUGCAUAAAACGUCUAAUGAAUCGAUCAGCAAAACCCUAGAAAGCUACUCGGCCACCAAAAUCACGAGUCUCCAUCUCUGCCUUGAAAGCGGAAUCUACUUAGAAAGCAAAAGGAAUCACGAGGUUCACGACAUUGAUAACUUGAUCAAGUUUGCAAUGUCCCGCAACGUGGAGAAGCUUUCUUUGGAUUAUGGUAUAUCUUCUUAUUACCCUCUUCCAGGCUUCCUCUUCAGCAAUUCUUCCCUAAAGGAACUCAUCGUAAAAUCAAGAUAUAGUAUCUCCACAUCUCUAUGCACCGUCGUCUCUUGGACAUCAUUGACGAACUUGUCUUUGAGAUGCUCUCUACUCCCGGAUGAAUCCAUUCAGAAGAUUCUGUCUGGUUCUCCAAUGCUGGAAAGCUUGUCAUUUAUGUAUUGUCGUUCACUUUGCUGUCUUGAUCUGAGUGGAUCGGUGCGCCUUAGAAGACUGACUAUAGAUUUCGAGUAUUAUUCUCCACAACUGAAGAUCGUGGCUCCUCAUAUCCAUUAUUUGAGAUUGAUAAAUCUUAAGGGAAAGUGUACUUUAACUGAUGUAUCCUCUUUGAUCGAAGCUAACAUAGACACUGCCUAUUACUUGCCUAGAUUCUGGUGUAUUGAAGUUAAUCCCUUGAAGGCUAUUGAUUUUCAAGUCAUAGUGGAAACCAUGCUAGAAAGUUUGCACAAAGUAGAGAACCUUACCGUGGGGCUUAGCUUUCUUCAGAUGCUCUCUAUGGCUGAGUACUGUGGUGUUCCUUUCCCGACGUUUAAGGUCAAAACAUUGACUCUUGAAACAAGAAUUUUGCGAUCUAUGAUAACUGUUUACAUGUCUGGAGAUUGGAACUGCGCAGUGGAAAAACAUGUUAAUAACUAUAUAGACCCACAAUACUUGGACUCGGACCAAUGUUGGAGAUUCAAAGAUGUGGCGUUUCCGCCUUCGUCGGAGUUCAAAUUUGCAAAGCCUAGUCUCUUCGGUUCGUUCAUGGAACUUUUGCUGGGUAACACAAGAAAACUCGAGACAUUGAAUGAGAGGAACGGAAAGUACACUCAACAGCCGAUGAGAUCCUAUUCUUCCUUAAGUCUUCUUCGAUCGACGAAGAUUCUGUGUGGGAUAAGAUUCUGCCCACAUAAUGGUGUGGAGGAUAUUGAUUCUUCCUUCCUAGCAGUUUUAGUCUACUCAAGGUCAUGGGUGCUGGUACGAAGAGUUAAACCUGCAUCCGAUGCAAGCAAAGUUGUGAAGGAGGGAGAUGUGAUUAUAAGUUUUGAUGAUCUACACAUGGGAUGUGAAGGGGGUGUCGCAGAGCUUGGUAUCAUUAGAGCAGGAGAACUUAAGAAAGUUCAAGUAAUUCUAAGGCCAAGAGUGCACCUGGUACUAUCUGCACCUACCAGUUGA